AUGUACGAUCCCAGUAUGUUUAGCGAUUUUGUUUUCAAAGUGGGCGAUCAAUCCUUCCCAGCUCACAAAAUAAUCCUCUCUGCUCAUUCUCCAGUGUUCAAGAAUAUGAUGACCCACGAGUUCGAAGAAUCCAAGACCAACAGCGUCACUAUUACGGACGCCACGCCUGAAAUAUUUGAUUUAUUCCUGAGGUAUUUGUAUUCAGGUGAGAUUGAAGUCAAGUGUUGGGAUUCAUUAAAAGCGCUUUACUACUUGUCCGAUAAAUAUGACAUUGGAAUUCUGAAGACUAAAUGCGCAGAAACGGCAAUUUCUAUUUUAUCUGUAGAUUCUGCAUGUGAUAUACUUAAAGCUGCUUAUACCUAUUCCGAUUCACACAUAAUUACAACUGCUAAACAAUUUGCUGUUCAACACUUGAAGGAAAUUGUUUUGAGAGAAGAUUGGAAGGAACUUGUAACAACUCAUCCGUUGAUUGGAUAUGAAGUAACCUUAUAUUUUGUUUCAAAAUAA